ACGACCCACGUGCGCUCACAGAAGUCAGAAAAUAGAGAUGAGGCAUCGGAUUUCAUUGAGAAAGUUGGGACGGAAUAGUAAAGAAAGAAUGACUCUUUUCAAAAACCUUGUGAGUAAUCUUGUCAAACACGAAAGAAUUGUGACUACUCUGCCAAAGGGGAAGGAAUUAAGACGGAUCAGUGACAAAGUAGUUACUUUAGGAAAGAAAGAUACUCCGUAUGCUCACCAAGAAGUAAAAUGGUGGAUGAGAGAACCACCUCUUAUCGAUAAAGUAUUUAAAGUCCUGAAGUAUCGCUAUGAAGAGAGGCCAGGAGGAUACACUAGAGUGCUACGUAUUCCUAACAGGGAGGGAGACAAGGCUCCAAUGGCUGUUGUUGAACUGGUUGAUAAUCCUUUGCCUCCGCUUCGUCCCUCAAAAGAAGAAUAUCUCAGACAAAAAAAGGCUCUUAGCAAAAAUAAGAAAGAUAAUGAUAAAAAAGUGGUGGUAUCAGUAACAAAAUAAAAGUUUAAAUUUGAGAGGAACAUUAGUUUGUAAAAUAAUUUUACGAUGUUGUCAUGAAGUAUGGUAUCCCGUUUGUAUUAUUCACUUGACCAGAUGAAUUCUAAAUAAUCAUA